AUGCCCGCGUCCACUGAUACCCAAGACACAGACGAGAACGGGAAAGAUAUCCACCGUGACUCUCUUUCGGGUGGAGUGUGCUCCUCUCGCCUCAUUCAGCAAAUUAAUGCCCCCCCGGGAGUGAUCUCCGCCGAGUCCAAGACUCCUGACGUGGAGUUGGCAUCUGUCUCGGAGAUGAACACUGACGAGAGAGACUUUCCCAAAAAACAGUCCCUUGGAGUCAUCUACGGCGACAUUGGUACCAGUCCCCUUUAUGUCUACUCUUCAACAUUCACCAGCGAACCAAGCAAGGAGGACAUUCUGGGCGCCAUUUCCCUCGUCAUUUGGGCUCUGACAAUCAUGGUGACCAUAAAAUACGUCUGCAUCGUUUUGCUCGCAGAUGAUGAAGGGGAAGGCGGAACUUUCGCCGUUUACUCUCUUCUCUCUCGAUAUGCUCAUCUGGUCCGGUUCGACCCUCGUCACACUAAUUUGAUCCCGAUGCAACGCUUCAAUACAGACGAUCUACAGAAGCCCAAUUUGAUGACAAGAAACUUUUUGGAGCGAAGCAGCUUUAUGAAAUGGCUGUUGAAGAUUGUGGGCGCCUUUGGAGUAUCACUGCUGCUUGCCGACGGUGUUCUCACUCCAGCACAGUCGAUUCUUGGUGCCAUCCAAGGAAUCACCGUUGUGAAUCCAAAUAUCUCUUCAUCAACGGUUGUCGGGGUCUCUUGCGCUAUCCUGGUUCUCGUCUUUCUUAUCCAACCUUUCGGAACCAGCAAGAUCGCGAGCACAUUUGCACCGAUAGUUAUUGUCUGGAUGCUGUUCAAUUUGACCUUUGGAAUCUACAAUCUUGUUAUGUACGAUGCAUCCAUUCUGAAGGCGUUCUCUCCAUAUUUUGCUGGGGCUUUCUUGGUCCGUAACGGGCAAUCAGGCUGGUUGCAGCUUGGGGGUAUUUUGCUGGCAUUUACAGGUGUUGAGACUCUCUUCGCCGAUCUGGGAGCCUUCAGUCAGAGGGCCGUUCGCAUUUCCUGGCUGUUCUUUGUUUACCCAUGCCUGCUGGUUUCGUACAUCGGACAAGGCGCGCAUAUCAGUGUCAUUCCCAGCGCAUACGCCAACCCCUUCUACCUCACAGUUCCUCCAGGAAUGCUUUAUCCCAGUCUUAUCAUGGCGGUUCUGGCUUGUAUCGUGGCCAGCCAAGCUGUGAUCACCGGUUCAUUUCAGUUGCUGGCCCAAAUUAUGAAAUUGUCAUAUUUCCCCCAGAUUAGAGUCUAUCACACAUCCAAGACCUUCCAUGGACAAGUUUACAUUCCCAUGGCUAAUUGGCUCAUGAUGAUUGGGACUGUUAUUGUGACGGCCGUCUACAACAAUACCACGGCCUUGGGUGAGGCUUACGGAGCUUGCGUCAUUCUUGUCUCCUUCCUGACCACCUGCAUGGUAACGGUGGUGGCCCUUAUCGUGUGGAGACUACCAAUCUACCUCGUCCUGCCUGUAUUCGUCAUCUUCGCCCUCUGGGACGGCAUGUUCCUUUCCGCCGCCUUGAGCAAGGUACCUCACGGCGCAUGGUUUACGCUCAUGCUAGCCGUUGUUAUCACAUGUGUCUUCACACUGUGGCGCUACGGCAAGGAAGAGCAAUGGUCCGCCGAAGAAUCAGACAACGCGCCCCUAUCCCAGACCACUGUCUUGAAAGAUACCAAUCUUCACUUACAGACUGCAUUUGGAGGCUCUUCCAUCUCAACCAUCGCCGGCCUCGGCAUUUUCUUCGACAAAUCAGGAACCCCAGGCAACACUCCCGUUGUAUUCCUCCACUUUUUACAAAAGUUUAGCGCCAUGCCCGAGGUAUCCGUUUUUCUGCACCUACGAUCGCUCUCGGUUCCAUCGGUCGCUCCCAGCGAGCGAUACACCAUAACCCGCUGUUUCACAUACGGCAGCGGACCAGGAAAAAAGCUAAUUCCCAACUGCUACCGCCUGAUGGUACGACACGGCUACACCGACGAGAUCAUCACACCCGACUUGGCCGUCCAUGUUCUCGAUCUGAUUCGCGCCUACCUAUCUGAGAAUAGUCGUGCUGAUCAGGGAACCGGCGAAUCGGACGAAUUGAGAACCCUGUUGGGCGCUUGGAAGUCUCAGGUUAUCUACAUCGUCGGUAAGGAGCAGUUAAAGAUUGCGCAUGGCAAGAACUUCAUCCGCAAGAUUGUGAUCUGGUUGUUCCUGUGGAUGCGGGACUCGAGUAGAACGAAAAUUCAGCAGAUGAAGGUUGAUAGUGACCGUCUCGUGGAAGUGGGUUUCGUGAAAGAGAUGUAA